GGAGGAGGCCGUAGUCAGUGUCUAACCUUCAGGCGGCGUGUAAGCAUGCGUUUCUGUUUCUAGCGUUCGCGUCCUCGAGCAUGCGAACGGAAAUCAGAGCAUGCUCUACUCUAUUACCGUAGUAAACUGCACGCUUCUAUUGUGGUAGUAGUUGGGUUUGGAGACCAUCAUCGGUAGUAAAAAGGAAAGCUUGCAGAAUCAAAAUAUUGAACUACUGAUAGUUUGCCUCACAAACUGGGCAGCUCUCGCGCGUGUUGUAGGCGUAGAAACAGAAUGCGUGCCUCGUCGGGUUUACCAACAAUAGUGAACUGCAAGUCUAUACAAAUCCGUUCUGGCAGCGUGAGGUUGUUGAUAAGGAUUAUAUUGUAAAAUGACAAACCAAGCUCGAACAAACCACACGAUUGGAUCAUACUGAUACGGUGCAGAAGAGCCGGCGUUCAUUCAAGGGUGAAACAUAGCUGGAUUGUUGGUGCUGGGCAAAUAGAAUCUACCCAAAAUGGGAAAACACGUCAUCCGUGUCACAGUGAAGAAUUAGGAAGAGAGAAGAAUACUACGUUUGAACUUCGAUCAAGUGAUGAGUGAUGCAAAAAUGAUUCCUAAGAUGAGAAACUUCAAUGCCUUCGAAGAUUGUGACAUUGUAACAGUGAAGCGGAAUACCAGUUACAUAUACAACUCGUACCACAAGUAUAAUUUUUACAAUUUUCGCUGAAAAGCGAACUGAAAACGGAAUAAAACCAGAAGAGGGCACACCUGCUAAAGAUGCUGGCAAGUACCGCUAAGACAUUUGUAGACGGUAUGGAGCCAUCGGGACUGGACACGACAACAGUUCGCGUAUUUGCCGAUCGCGUGUCGGUCAUCAACGAGGACCUCUUCAUAUGGGCUAUCAUCGACGGGGUGCUUAUGAUUUGCAUUCUGUGUGGCAACAUUCUCACCAUCCUAGCGGUGCGUUAUCACCGGCGGUUGAGAUUGCUAAUUUCGAACCUGUUCGUGCUGUCGCUGGCCCUGUCGGACAUAUUUGUCGGAUUGACGCUGCCGUAUCACCUUGCCUUCUACAUGGGAAACGAACUGGGCCGGCAUAAACACUUUUGUUUGUUGCGAUUCUUCAUCCUGAUUAUCGCGUGCAGUGUGUCUAUUUGGAACUUGAUUGCAAUCGCCGUGGACAGAUAUAUUGCUAUCUGCUAUCCUCUGCACUACACCCGUUUGAUGACAAAAAAGGUAGCCUUGGUAAUACUGGGCUUCGGUUGGUGCCUGGCCUUCCUCAUUGCCACCAUUCCGCUGAUUUGGAAUAAGUGGGACACGGCGAUGGAGUGCGAAUUCGACGAACUUCUCUACCCCUGGUACGUGGCAGGAGUGAUAACGCCAAUCUUCUCGCUGGUGUGGUUUUGUUUGCUUCUCGUUUAUUGGCGAAUAUGGCGAGAAGCCGCCAAACAUGCCAAACAACUUCGAGCACACAACUCCCAGGAAAGCUCGUCCGAUUGGAAAUCAGUCCAGGUCGUUUUGCUCAUCAUGGGAUGCUUCACGCUUUGCUGGCUUCCGUAUUUUGUCGUGAUACUAACGCAAAUAUUUGCGUUUUUCGACAAAAACUCGCCAACCCUGUACAAAGCGGCCUUCUCACUGGCAAUGGCCAACUCAAUGAUGAACCCUGUGAUUUAUGCGUGGAAAAACACCAGUUUUCGUCAUGCGUUCACAAAGCUAUUAACCUGUAGAAAACCUGACCAACUGGAUGGUCCACAAACAGGGGACAGUCCACGGAACAAAACGUCCAAAAAGGAUGGUUCAAAGUCACACCAAGACACCGAAAAUGCCCAUAACAAUCGAAAUGGACAAAAUAACGGCGUGGCGAGGAACAGCCAACCGAGCGCUGAAUCUACGGCACAAAUCAAUGAAAACGAAAUUACAGUUAUUUCAUCAUUACACGACGAAGCAGUUCAAAAUCACACCAUUCAACUGGCAAUGGCAGUGCCAAAUAGUAGGGACUGCAGUACCAUGACUGGGCCAACCAGUUUCACAACGCACAUCAUCAAAGGAAAUGUGAUAAUCAAUAACUAUAACCUCUACGAAAGCUUCUUGGACAUGAAAAACGAGAACAACAGGAAAAACGGAUCUUUUUCUAGUAAAAGCUCUGCCACGAAAGAGACUGAUGAAAACCGGCAGAGGAAGAGCAAGACGAGCGAUAAUGACAAUCACAACUGUGAUAUUGGUGAUGUUAUGGGUACAAACAAUCCUUGCUUCCAAGAAGACAUUACACGUUUGUAAGUGUAAUCCCCACUAGAAAAGUAAAAAAAAAGUAUUAGCCAUCGAUAAAUGUACAAACUAUAUGCAGACAUCAGGCAAAAUGGGUAAUAAAAUCCUAAGUUUCUACUCGUUAUUACGUAA